AUGAGCACUGAUACCCGAUCCACUGGAGAGAUACGCCAGCAGUGGUUACUGUCUCGCGGUGAUGAGAUCAAGGCAGAAGACCCUGAGGAUUUUAUCCAAAGUGUCCGAAACCGAGUUUUCUUCGGCAUCCGGAACACAGCCAAGGACACAACUGUCAAGCAGGAGGACGUCGCUAGUCUGGACGUCAAUAACAUUAUGCCGGUUCACCAACAAAAAGCCCGGAAGAACGAUAUUGUGAACUCAGCUGUUGGCGUUGGUGAUGACGAUGACGAUGAUUGUAUGAUCAUCGAUGAAGCCGAUGUCCCGGAACACGUCAGAAUGAAGGCCAACUCUAAGCCCUUUAGCACACAAGUCCGAGUUGCGCCUGAUGUUACUGGUCUUGAGGGAAAGAAGGUUACUGUCAAAGUCGAAGAAUAUGACAAUGGAAUUGACGACCAUGACAACGACAAUGGUGCAGUCAGUGGUGACAAUCUGUUUGUCUCCCAACAUUCCGACAGAGACGGAGAGACAGAUGAGUUUAUGAUGGACGAAUACGCACAACUCUCCGAUGGGUCUAUCGCAAGCGAACGGCGGCGCCGCCACGGCCGCAGACCCAUUGCGGGUGGUAAAGAUGGCUCGAAACGCUCACCGAAGAAACGCCCAAAAUCUGGCAGAGAGGUCCAGCAUAUCGAUAAUGAGUACGAGGGGGACGAUGAUGAUGACAUUGAGGAGAUGGAGUAUGAGCUGCAGAUACUGGUGGCAGAGCAGAAUUUGCUGGAGCGCCGUAGCGCCAAGGGCAAAUUAACACCAAGGUGUGAGAUGAGGCUUGAAGAAGUCGACCGAAAGAUUGAGAGUAUUCGACGGAGACUUGGGGCAUCUGUCGAACCGCCGAGUGUGGAUGGAGACAGGGACAGAGAUACGCCCCGUAACAGCAGGGUUCUAACAUCGGAUACUAACAAGAAACGAAAAGGGGCGUAUGCGGAGCCUGGGAAGGCCAGAGCCAAGAAACCCAAGCCUGAGCCAAAGAUGACGGCACACAAGAAGAAAAAGCAGAAGGAGAAGGCCAUGCAGAUGAUCACCAGUAUGUUGGGCGGAGAGGACCCAGUGAUAGCCAGAAAUCAUAUGAGGAUCCUCGCGACAUUCGACCAUCUCCCCGAGGAAGCAAAGACUGUUGAAGGGAUGGAGAAGCAUAUCAGAGAUGUCAUUGAAGCCGACGACAUGCUUACCCCCCAAGAGAAGAAGAGAAUUGCAGGUGAUCUAAAACAGCUAAAGGAAGCGCGUGUUGCAUUUGGCAAGAAGAAUUAUAAGCAAGAUGGUGGCACAUGGAAGAUCACUGGUCUUAAGUCUCGGCUUCAUCACUACCAAUUUGCUGGCGCUGGAUGGAUGGUGAACAGAGAACGUUCUGGAGAUGUUCCCGGCGGUUUUCAGUGCGAUGAUACUGGCUUGGGAAAGACAGUAAUGACCUUGGCAUGCAUUGCUGGUAAUCCUCCAUGGGACAGAGAUGAAGAUCCUACUCGUGGUGGCACCCUAAUCGUCGUCCCGGCCUCUGCAGUUUCGCAAUGGAUGGAGGAGAUCGGAAAACAUACAUCUCGCAUGACAUUCGAUCAGUACCAUUCUACUCGCCAGCAUCGCAUGCGACAGGGCAGCAUGAACAGGAUGGACAUAGUCGUCAGCAGCUAUCAAGAGGUGGUCAAAGGAUUUCCGAGUGAACGGUCUCAGGAAUCUCUACUUCAAAAAGGUCUAAGCCUGCCAGAAGUAUCUGAGCGCAUGAAGGAACGAGAAGGAGAGCUCUUCAAAGUCAAGUGGUUCCGAGUAAUUCUGGACGAGUGCCACGCUAUCAAAAACCACAACACCCAGACAGCUAGGGCAUGUCUUGCGCUCCAGGGUGAAUACAAGUGGUUACUCAGCGCAACGCCCCUUCAAAACGGUCUCUCCGAGCUUUACCCCUUUCUACGCUUUUUGAAGGUCCCAAACAUCGAUUCAUUCAGGCAUUUCAGAAAGAAAUACGAGCUGCAAAAGCCCCAACAAGCUCGAGGUCUUCCUGCUGAUCUCUCCGCUCUUCUUUCUGAAAUCGUUUUGAAGCGGGAUAUCACAACUGUUUUCCUGGGCAGAGCUUUGUUUAAAAUUCCUAUUACGCACCCUGAUCUGGAACUAUGGGUUAACUUCUCCAGAGAGGAGACGCUCAUUUACAGAAUGGUAGAGGGCAAGUUCAGGAAGGAGCUCAACGACAAAUUCAUGCAACGCGCAAGCAUGGACACAACAGCUGACAAGUUUAUUAAAUCAUACCUCACCCUAGCUCUUCGAUUGCGGCAAGCUACCGCCCACCCAUACCUACUCGAGUCCCUCAUGCGUGACCACUUCACGCCGGAUGACAUACAGAAGCUGAAGGACGAGCUUUGCAAGCUCAAGACUAAUCAGAGAUAUGUUCAACAAAUAGGUCGCUGGUGUGAUGGGUUAGUUCAGCAGGGUGUUCUCAGACGUCAACCUUAUGCGGGGGACGACCACGACAAGUUCGGAGAAGGCGACUAUGGUGAAGAGUUCGACAUAGCCCCGCAACUUGAAAGCAUGCAGAAGGCAAAAAUGGACAUGCAAAGCAGAGCGGAAAUUUGCAGCGUGUGUUUGGAAUUGACAAAUGAACCGGAACAUAAUGAACCAAAGUGCGAUCAUUUCUACUGCCCUGAAUGCAUCCGUGACCACGUUGAGAGGGCAAAGUCACGGAAGGCGAAGCGUUAUAUUUGCCCAGUUUCCACAUGUCGUCGCGCGUUGUUGGACCCAUUGAUCAUUAGAUACAGCACUCAGAGCCAGCGAGACGACAGGGCAUCAGUAUCAGAUAUGGCUUCGACGGCGAGAAAAUCUUAUAACAUCAGAAAAAGCAAGGAAGGCAAACAUGACCUCGGCGACGACUUUCAUGGGUUCCAGCCUAUGGGUGAUCCUAAGAAUGCAACCUUUCUCGCGGAGGCUGACAGGAAGCACACGGUAAAUAUGACACCCAGCGCUAAAACAACCAGAUUGAAAGACAUCAUUCUUGAAUGGCAGAAAGACGCGCCUGAUGACAAGAUUAUCGUCUUUACCCACUGGAUUCUUCUGGGUAGAAUUCUGGGCCGUGUGCUGCAACAGGAGAAAAUCGAUUUCCUUUACCUCUUUGGCGGAAUGGGUCCAACCGUCCGUGAGGAUCAGAUCAAAGCCUUUCAGACGAACCCAAGGAUCAAAGUUCUGGUGUCGUCUUUGCGAGUCGGAGGACAAUCUCUCAAUCUGGCAGCCGCCAAUCGCGUAGUUAUACUGGAUGCCUGGUGGAACAAUGGGAUGGAAAAACAAGCAUUUGGUCGUGUGUUCAGGUUUGGGCAGAAGAAAGAAAGUUGGUUCACGCGGAUCCUAGCAAAGAAUACCAUCGACAAGCGGAUUAUCGACUUACAAGAAGACAAGCUGAAAGCCAUCAGCAAGGCUAUCCAGACGAAUGAUAACACCAAGCAUAAGCUCACGGACGAGGAGGUAGGAUCUCUUUUCGGACGGACGAGACGACGAACCGACGGUACUCUUGUAAUCGAGAGUGAUUAUGAGGAUGACGAAAGUGACAAGGGUGAUGAAGACCAAGACGCAACGAGCGGUGGUGAGGGCGAGUCUGGCAAUGACUCCGACUCCGACUCUGGCAGUGACAGCGAUGAUAGUGAUUGGUGA